AUAAAUACAGAACUAGCUUUAUAUAACACAUUUUCUUACACUUCACGGAUAGAUACUUAAGUGCCUUCAAAAAUGGACUCCAAUAAAGAAAAUGAGGUAGCUACAGUUGCAAUAACAAAAGCAAAGGACGGUGGCAAAGGGAAAAGUGUUAAAUGGGGUGCUCCUAUUUCCACAGAUCAAUCUUCAUCAUCAGUUUCUACAAAGUCUGCUGCCUCGUUGCCAAGACCACCAGCAGCAAGGUGGAGAAAAGGCGUGGCGAUAGCAGACUUUGUCUUAAGACUUGGUGUCAUAGGAGCUGCUAUAGGCGCCGCAUAUCUGAUGGGAAACAAUGAGGAGGUUCUUCCAUUUUUCACACAGUUUCUCCAGUUCCAUGCUCAGUGGUCUGACUUUCCAAUGUUCCAGUUUCUUGUGGUAGCAACGGGGAUAAUUGGUGGAUACGCGGUUCUUUGCCUUCCGUUCUCGUAUGUUUGCAUUGUUCGACCAUAUGCUUUGGGACCAAGGCUUCUGCUUAUGAUCCUUGAUAUAGUAAUGAUGGGUCUAAUCACAACAGCUGCUGCAGCUGCUGGUGGCAUAGUGUACUUAUCUCAUAAUGGGAGUCAACAUGCAAAUUGGAUAGCAAUAUGUCAAGGAUACGCCAAUUUCUGCCAAACUGCUAGCGAGUCUGUGGUGCUUUCCUUUGUUGCAGCAUUUUUCUUCAUCUGUUUGGUUCCACUCUCUGCUUUGGCUCUUAAGAGGAAUUGACCCCGCCCCAAGUCUCGUGUUAUUGCAUCAUGCUCACUGUGUCGAGUGUUAAUCGAAGUUACCAUUGAUUCCUCUAAAAAGUGAGAGAUAUAUAAAGAGAAGUACUAAAGAAUCAUCAUAAUUUAUUAUUUUAGUC